UCGUGCAGCAUUACGUCGGAUAGAGGCAGCUUCUAAACGGUACGAACGACUCCGAAGUUUUUAAACAGGUUCACGUGAGGAUCGCUGACGGUAAAUUGAAGCCUGAAGUGGUGGGGCAGAUAAGCUGUCAUCACUCAAGGGAGAAGAUGAAGCUCAAUCCACUAUCUGUGCUUUAUCUGUCACUGCUUUUGCUUAAUACUGAUUUAUCACUGGCCAAGAGAGGAGGAGGAGGCGGCUUUGGGAAAGGCUGGGGCUCCAAAAAGACCUCCACAACCUACCGCGGCAGCAGCCACACCAAUACAGGCAAAACUAACCAAGGAUCCAGCUCUCAAGGUGGAUACCCAAGACAACCUGGACAUACUGGUCAAGGCAAUUACCCCAGGCAGCCGGGUGCAGGAGGUUACCCUCAGCAGCACCCAGGUUCCCCAUAUGGUGGAGGUUAUGGUGGGCAAGGUGGUUAUGGAGGUUAUGGUGGACAAGGCGGUUAUGGUGGACAAGGUGGUUAUGGAGGUGGUUAUAUCAAUAGGAACCCAAACAACAAAAUUCUGAGCCCUCAGUAUGGUGGCAGUUUUGGUUAUGGGGGUUAUAGCGCUGGAUAUGGCUCUCCCUUCUCCCAACAUGUAAAGUCGAUGGGCUUUGGUCCCUCUGAUAAGUCCAGAGGGUUUGGACGCACUGCAGUAAUGGCAGCAGCUGGAGGGGCUGUGGCAGGAAUGGCUGUGGGCUACGGGAUAGGGAAGUUCCCCCGUCCUCACUUCCCCCUCCGCAACCGGCAGGAGGAACAUUACUACAACCACUACAUGUACCGGAAGUAUGGCACCCGGUCUACUGAUACUAAUGACUACAGCAGAGACUAUAAAUACGAUCCACCUCCUCAGACCUAUGAUCAACACAUGGACAACUGUAUGAAGAGAACCGACCUUUUGCGUGGAGAGAGUCAAAAGCCGAAGAGCAAGCCAGCUGUCACUACCAUGACUAAAACUACUGCGACCACUGUUAUCACUGCAGCUUCAGAUACUAAAAGCAACAUAACAGAGACCAACAGCAGUGCUGCAGGAAACACCCUGAGCUCUGCACCUUCAACUCCUUCCCCUCGAAAUCAGCCUGAAGUCGGUCCUGUGGCACCGGCUUCACCGGCUCUCAGCAGUGCUGAAGAUGAUGACACAGUCAGCAUUGUGGAGAUCGGCUACCCAGCGCUGAUUGAGCAGCUGAAGGCCAGGAAAUGCUUGGAGCUGUACAUGGUUGACUCUGAAAGGUACUUGAAGAGACAGACUGGAGGGGUACAAGGACUGGAGAUGGGCUUGCGGGGGCUUUUAGCUGUGGUCACUAGUACAGUAUUGAUGCUGCUCAAUAGCAACAUGCUAAUGCUCCUGCACUAAGGCCUUCAUACAGUGGGGAAUGAUGGAGAAUGUGUUAAAAGUAAGUUGAUGGUAAAUAAUUAGUAAUGAAGGAACCUCUUACCUCUUUAUCAUUUGGGAACUUCUACUUUAUUGUUUUUAUGCUUUUUAAAGACACUGAUUCAUCAUGCACAUGUGUGAUUGUCAAGCCACAGCUGGCAGACAUAAUGGAUUGUAAUGUAAUUAUUAGAGGAAAGGAAAAAGAAAGGGUCCAUUAACUGUGCACUAAUACUCAAAGUUUUGCUACGGCUUUAAAAUCUGGUCCAUUAAAGUCUAUUUACAUUUACACAUUCUGUAGCCAUAGCUUUAGAAAUUCAGAGUGGCACUGCCAGUAACUCAUUUUCUCGUGUGUAAUGUCCCGUUUGUUUCAGAUUUUUUUUUAAAUUGUUUAUUUUUUUUAUUGAAGGAGCUGACGAGGUCUUUGUCUUUUUUUACUUUAGUGGAAAAAGCAUUUAAGAGGGUUGGCCUGCACCUGUGGGACUGCCACAGGCUCGGCCAAAGACGAUCUGUGUAAAUAAACUACUUUAAGAUAAUGCAGGUAUGCUUUAAGUGUGAUCUAACUGCAUUAUCUGCAAAGAGGGUACAAAGAGUUGGAAAACACCAAGUAGCCAUCUGAAAUGAUCAAUUAAUAUCUGGCUUUUACCUGUCUAGUAAUAACUUUGUCUACUAAUAUCACUAUCAAUGGUUCAGGCUUUCGUCAGAGAUUUUACACUAUAAGCAUGACUGAGUAUUUGUAAUGGAAUUAUAUCUACUUCCAUCUUGACAGCUUAAUACAUAUGUGGACUUUUAAAAUAUGUGGUGCAUUGGAAAACUCAAACCAAAAGAAAAGGAUUUUCUUUUUCUAAAACAUUAUGACAUUUGUCUGACAUUUUUGUAAGUGUUCCGCCUUUGCUGUGUCGAGUAGGUUGUUUAUUUUCUGAUAUGUUCUUUCUUUUUUUUAAAAAAUAUACUUGCCUCCUUGUUUCCUUC